AAAAAAACAGAAGAAGAAGAAGUUCGUGAAGAGAAGUGUGGCGCGCGCUGUUAACGGGGCGGAUGUUCAAGAGAAAGCGGCAGACGUCAUGUGAUGUCACCAACAGGAGCUGGAUGUUGGAGCUGAUUGGCUUCAUUCUCUCUGCACAGACACGUGAUUUGUAGAUCAGAGUUCAGUUUCACUUCUCAGGAAGAACUCACACACAGCGGCUGACUAAAACAUAAAAUGGCGCAGAGAGGAGAUCAGCUGGACCAGGAAACUUUCUCCUGUUCGAUCUGUUUGGAUCUACUGAAGGAUCCGGUGGCUGUUCCCUGUGGACACAGCUACUGUAUGAGCUGUAUUAAAACCCACUGGGAUGAGGAGGAUCAGAAGAAGGUCCACAGCUGCCCUCAGUGCAGGCUGACCUUCAUACCGAGGCCUGUCCUGAAGAAAAACAUCAUGUUAUCUGUCCUGGUGGAGCAGCUGAAGAAGACUGGACUCCAAGCUGCUCCUGCUGAUCACUGCUAUGCUGGACCUGAACAUGUGGCCUGUGAUGUCUGCGCUGGAAGAAAACUGAAGGCCAUCAAGUCCUGUUUGGUCUGCCGGGCCUCUUACUGUGAGAAACACCUUCAGCCUCAUUAUGAUUCAGCUCCAUUUCAGAAACACAAGCUGGUGGAGCCCUCCAAGAACCUCCAGGAGAACAUCUGCCCUCGUCAUGAUGAGGCGAUGAAGAUGUUCUGUCGUACUGAUCACAAGUGUAUCUGUUAUCUCUGCUCUGUGGAGGAACAUAGAGGCCACGACACAGUCUCAGCUGCAGCAGAAAGGACUGAGAGGCAGAGAGAGGUCGAGGUGAGACGAGAAACGAUCCAGCAGGAGAUCCAGGACAGAGAGAAAGAUGUGGAGCUGCUUCAACAGGAGGUGGAGGCCAUCCAUCACUCUGCUGAUCAAACAGUGGAGGACAGUGAGGAGAUCUUCACU